ACUAGCGCAGAACUUUAAACCGGUCCUUCAACCCAAGCCCUUUUCCUGACCAAUACUAGUUCCACCCAGACACCAUGAGCAAGAAACCUAAAGGACCAAAGCCGCAAGGAAAACCAAAGGGCAGACCCGGCGGCGCGGGCGCCGGCGCGAAACAGAAAAUUGCCAAAGCACCCAAGCACAAGAACACCAAACCGAAGAAGGGCGGCGGCGCGGCACUGCAGGAUGUGCCGCUCGUCGGGCGGGGAGAUGAAGAAAUUGAGGUGUCGGACUUGGAGCUAAGCGAUGAGGACCUGGAGUUCGUGCAGAAGCACUCACGGCGCUUGGGGUUCCUCAAGUCGCUGGACCAGUCGGAGCUCGACAAGUCGAUCCGGGAGAAGCAGGAAAAGCAGGCCAAGCAGCAGGCGGAGGAGCGGAAGCGGGCGGCGGAGGGCGGGAGCGAGGAGGGCGAUGACGAGGGCGACGAGGACGAAGGGGAUGAGGGGGCUGAUGACGAGGACGCGGAGGAUGGGGCGGAGGCGUAUGAGCGGGCGCCACGCCGCGUCAAGGCUGACAAGGAGAAGUCGGCCGCCGGCCUGCCCAUCAAGACGCUCACCGGCGACCUCAUGUUUGACAAGGACGCCAGGGCGGCGGCGGAGGCGGCGCGGAAGGGGCGGCGCGGCGGCGAGCCCGCCGUAGCCAUGGAGGCGGCGGUGGCGGCGGCGGCGGCGGUGCAGGUGGAGGGCGUGACCAUCACCGACGACAUGGAGGCGGCGCUGGUGGAGAGCAAGCGCAAGGCGAGGGAGGAGGCGGAGAAGAGGGCCAAGGAGGAGAAGCGCAAGGCGGCGGCGGCGGCCAAAAAGGCAGAGGAGUCGGCGCUGCCCCCCGCCCUUCGCGGCCUGAACCUGUCCGACCUGGACCCCGCGGAGCGCCGUGCCAAGCUGCAGGAGGUGAUGGCCUCCAGCGCCCAGAAGCUUCUGGCGCUGGCGGGGCCGGACUCGGCGGGGGCGGUGGCGGGCGAGCUGCGCACACUGCAGAGCCUGGUGGCCGACCAGGACAGCAUGACCUACCUGCGCUCGCUGCUGGAGGGGGCGCAGUGUGUGGCCAAGCGCACCGGCACGCUGUCUCACAGCCGCGUGGCGGUGCGCUGCCUGGCGGGGUUGCUGGCGGGCCUGCCGCACUUCAACUACACGUCCGACAUACUGCAGGCGGUUGUGCCGCGUAUGGCCUCUGGCGGCGCCGAGACCCGCUCAAUGGCGUGUGAGGCGGUGGGGGCGCUGCUGGCGGGCGGCGAGGGCGGCGACGAGUCCGGCAGCGGGCGGGCGGCGCUGGAGGCCGUGCAGCUGGUGGCGGACCUGAUCAAGCGGCGCAAGUGCUGUGUGCCGCCCGAGGUGGUCCGCACGCUGUCGGUGCUGCGCUUCCGCGACGUCAUACGCGCCAAGGCGGGGGAGGAGCAGGACGAGGAGGGGCGCAGGAAGAAAGGCAAGAAGGCCGAGAAGCGCGAUGUGAAGCGGCGCCGCAAGGAGGACGAGGUGGCGCGCGCAUUCAAGGAGGCCAACGCCGGACCCGACACAGCAGAGCUGGCCAAGCAGCAGUCGCUGAUGCUGGAGGCGCUGUUUGAGGUCUACUUCCGCGUCCUCAAGCACGCAACUUCCGUGGGCCUGUCCGGGCCCGGCGGCUCCAACGCCGCCGCCACCCGCGCCGCCGUCGCCGCCGCCACGGACUCCGCCGCCGCCGCUGACGACCUUCCCGGCCCCUCCUCCUCCUCUGGUGAUGGUGGCGACGUGGGCCCGCGUGUGCCCAGCACAUCGGCGGCGCUGCCCUGGCCGCGCUCCAAGCUGCUGAAGAAGUGCCCGCUGCUGCACCCCGUGCUGGACGGCCUGGCCAAGUACACACACCUGAUCAGUGUGGAUUACAUGAACGACCUGCUGGACGUGUUCGCACAGAUCCCGCUGUACCCGCUGCUAGCUGACGACGUGCUGGGGGCGGGCGGCGGCGGCGGCGGUGGCGGCCAGCACAACCCGGAGCAGCCCGACGAGGAGGAGCACGAGGAGGACGAGGAGGCGGCAGACGACCGCGAGUUCAGCCUGGCAGCAGCCUGCGAGGCGGCGGCGGCGGCAGCCGCCGACGCCGCUGCGGCCGCGGCAGCGGCCGCGGCCGGCGCAGCCGCCGCCGCCGCAGGCGGCGCCCGCUCCUUCCGCAGCCGGCGGCUUCCGGCCGCCUUUGGCGCCGCGGCGCGCAGCCAGGCGGGUCUGCUUGCGGGUGUGGUGGAGGCGCUGCUGUGUGAGCCCAAGAUGGCGGACAUGCAGCGCGCGGCGGCGUUCGUGAAGCGGCUGGCGGGGGCGGCGCUGCAGGCGGGGCCGGGCGAGGCCAUGGCGCUGUGGGCGGCGGUGGCCAGGCUGCUGCGGCGCUACCCCAAGCUGGCCAACCUGUUGGAGUAUGAGGGCGAGGCGCCCACCAUUGGCGGCCGCCCCCACGACCCAUGGGCCACCGACCCCUCGGAGGCGGGCGGUCUGGCCAGCUGCCUGUGGGAGGUGGCGCUGGCGGGCGGCGGCGGCGUGGGCGCGGCGGGCGUGCACUACCACCCACAUCUGGCGCAGGCGGCGCACUCGCUCCUGGGCCUGCGGCCGGCGGCGGCGGCGGCGGCCAUGGCGCAGGGCGGCGGCUCCGUCACGCUCACAGGGCCGCUGGGCACGCCCGCCACCAUCCCCGAGCUGGCGGAAGCGUACGACGCAUCGCGGGGCCUGUUGAGGCCCACGCCGCCGCUGCCGGCCGGCGCGGGGAAAAAGGCGGGCGGCGGCGCCGCGCCCAAGCGGUUGGUGGCGGGCGUAACGGCGGCGGCGGCCAGCCUGACGCCCGGUUUUAUUUCGGGGCUGGAGGAGUUGGCGGCGGAGUACGGUGACGAGGGCGGUUGGCCGGAUCUGGUUUUGGACACGGAUUCGGAUUCGGAAGAGCAGGACGGGCAGGCAGGCGGCGAGGGUGGCGAGGAGGACGGCGAGGGGCGGAUAGGCGGCGGCGGCGACGCGGCGUCGGCUUCGGCGGCGCUGCGGCGGAUGUGGUGUGAGAGCCGGAGGUUCCUGGCGAACCGGCGGCUGCGGCGGCAGAAGGCAAUGGAGGUGGAGCGGCUCAAGCGCUUCCACAUACACCUGCACAAGCUGGCGGCGGGGGAGCAGGCGCAGGGGCAGGCAGGGCCAGGGGCGAAGGCGCAGGGGCAGGCGAACGGGCGCGCAGCGGCGGCGCCUGCGGCGGCGGCGGUGGCAGGUGGCAAGCCGGGCGACAAGCGGAAGCGGUAGGCGGCGCCAGUGGGGCUGGGUGCAAGUCAGGCGACGGGAACGGUGGAAUAGAGACAGCGGUGUCGGCAGGCGCGGGAUGAGCAUUGCACGGCGGCGGUGGGUUGGCGGCGGCUUGUGCUGCUGUAAUGGGCACCAUUGGGGUGCUCUGCGGGUCCGUGUAACACCCAUGUCCA